AUGUCCUCCUCCACAACGGGCAAACGCCCCAACUUCCUGCUCAUCGUCGCUGACGACCUUGGCUUUUCGGACCCAGGCUGUUUCGGGUCAGAGAUUCGUACCCCCAGCAUAGACAGUCUCGCCUCGUCCCCCCAUGGCCUGCGUCUCACCAACUUCCACACGGCCUCGAUGUGCUCGCCGACCCGCAGCAUGCUCCUCUCAGGCACAGACAACCACAUCGCAGGACUGGGGCAGAUGGAGUUCUGGGGCCGUGGCCGUGACCCGCCUGUGCCCUGGGCCGGACGUCCGGGCUACGAGGGCUACCUGAACUUCCGGGUCGCCGCCCUGCCCGAGGUGCUGAGGGAGGCAGGCUACUUCACCUGCAUGAGCGGGAAAUGGCACCUGGGCCUGAAGCCGGAGCAGAGUCCUUCUGCGAGGGGUUUUGAGCGCAGUUUUGCGCUGCUGCCCGGCGGUGCCUCGCAUUAUGCGUAUGACCCCAGGAAGGAGGACGGGACGCUGGUGUUCAAACACUGGGCCAGCUUGUACAUGGAGGAUGAGAAAAGGGUGGACGCCGCGACAGAGCUGCCUGCGGACUACUACAGCAGCGACUACUACGCGAGCAGGAUGGUCCAGUUCCUACAGGAGAGGGAGGAGGAUCCGAGCAAGAAGGAGAGACCGUUCUUUGCGUAUUUGCCCUUUACCGCGCCGCACUGGCCAUUGCAGGCGCCUCGGAAGAAUGUGGACAGAUACAAGGGUGUCUAUGAUGCUGGCCCAGACCGCUUGAGGGAGACCCGGCUGCAGAGGCAGAAAGAGAUGGGUCUCCUGCCGGAUGAUGUGGAGGCGCACCCAGUCGUGGCAGACACGAAAGAGUGGGACGCUAUGGACCCCGAGGAGAAGGCCUGGUCGGCCCGUACCAUGGAGGUGUACUCUGGCAUGGUCGACCGUAUGGAUGAAAACAUCGGGCGUGUGCUGGAGCAGAUCAAAAAGUCAGGCGAGUGGGACAACACGUUUGUGCUGUUCAUGAGCGACAACGGCGCCGAGGGCGCGGUGCUCGAGGCGAUUCCCAUGACGGGCGAGGUCAUUAAGAAGGCGCUCGAUAAGGAGUAUAACAACGACCUGGACAAUUUAGGGAACAAGGACUCGUUCAUCUGGUAUGGCCCGCGCUGGGCACAGGCUGCCACCGCGCCGAGUCGUAUGUUCAAAGGAUAUGUCACCGAGGGCGGGAUUCGGUGUCCGGCCGUCGUGCACUGGCCCGGCCUCCAGAGCGGCAACACCACUGGAGGAGGCAUCAGUACAGCCUUUGCGACCGUCAUGGACAUCAUGCCGACCAUCUUAGAUUUGGCCCGCAUCCCACUGCCUGGGCCUCAGUUUCAAGGGCGAGAGGUCGUGCCGAUCAAGGGCAAGUCAUGGGCGCCUCUCCUGCUGGGCGAAAAGGGCCAGGUACAUGGUGAUGAUACAGUCAUAGGCUGGGAGCUGUUCUUCCACCAGGCGAUCCGCAAGGGCAAGUGGAAGGCGGUUUUUAUACCGGGACCCAAGGGGCCCGACAAGUGGCAGCUCUAUGACCUGGACAACGAUAUGGGUGAGAUCCAUGAUCUGGCUGAGAAGGAGCCUGAGGUCUUGGACGAGUUGAUCAAGUAUUGGCUCGCGUAUGUCUCUGAGUUUGGAGUAUUCCUGUAA